AUGUCAUCUUGGACCCCAGAACUCCAAUCUCUUCAAGAGUUGGGUCUCAUCUUUGGAAAGUCCCUAUCAUCAAACAAUGCCGACCAACAAGAAGCCAUCAAGGCACUCAAACAAGUUGAAACGCUUCCUGAACUCAAUAGAUACUUGGUCUACAUGCUAAUACAGCGUGAUGCCGGGUUCCCCACUCAGGUGCGCACUGUGGCUGGUGUCAAGCUCAAGAAUAACAUUUUACAGAACCUGACUUUACUCGAUGGCCAGACUGUUGCUUACAUCAAGUCUCAAAUUGUAAAUGGCUUGUCAGACCCAGAACAACUUGUGCGCAACGUCACUGGCAAUGUCAUCACUUCACUUGUCACCCAGCUUCAUAUUGACGGAUGGCCUGAAAUUCUCCCGGAACUCAUGUCUCUUGUGGAAUCUUCCAACGAGACUAUUGUCCAGGAAAGUUCCCUGUCUGCACUUGCCAAAAUUUGUGAAGACUCGGCAGCUAGUCUCGACAAGGAGUAUGCUGGACAAAGACCUUUGGAUUACAUGAUUCCCAAAUUCCUUGAAUUUGCGACUUACCAGUCACAACGAGUCCGUGCUCUGAGCAUCCAAUGUAUCACCCAGUUUGUCAUUAACAAGUCUCAGUCGCUGCUUCCAUAUCUGGAUGCCUUUCUCAAUACUCUUUUCACUCUCACCUCUGACAACUACGCAGAGACUAAAAUCAACAUUUGCACUGCACUUGUCAACAUUAUGUACACUGCUCCGGAGAAACUUGUUCCACAUCUUGAGGGUGUAGUCAACUACGUGAUCCAUUGUAUGCUUGAACCCGAUGAGCGUGUUUCGUGCGAAGCUGGUGAGUUUAUUCUGCAAAUGGCUGAGGCCAACAACUCAUUUGAUGACCACACCAUUGAGCGGUUCCUGCCCACAAUUGUGCCCACAGUUCUUAAAACUAUGGUCUAUUCGGAGAACGACAGAAUACUACUUAAGAGUCUUGCCGAGGAUGAUCAGGACAUUGAAGAUCGCCCAGAGGAUAUUAAGCCUCAAUUUGCAAAGGCCAAGGAACACAAGCCUGUUAAUUCCUCGGACAAGAGCCAUACUCCUGCUCAUCAACUGAAUGAGGAUGACAAUUACGAUGAUGAUGAUGAUGAAGAUGAUGAAGACGAGGAUGAUGCGGCCAAUGAAGCUCUUUCCGAAUGGAAUUUGCGCAAGGGCUCCGCAGCUACGCUUGACGUUUUGUCUACCAAGUUCCCCAAUGCAGUUUUGGAGCUUGCUCUGCCGCAUCUUCAAACUUCUCUUCUUUCAAACGAAUGGUUUGUUCUUGAAGCUGCCAUUCUUGCCUUUGGCGCCAUUUCUCAGGGCUGCAUUGAGCUGCUUUCACCCAAUCUUUCGGAACUAAUUCCAUUCCUUGUUCAGCAGCUUAAGAACCCUGAACCUGCGGUGCGUCAAAUCUCGUGCUGGACCCUGUCACGAUACGGAUCUUGGAUUGCCAUUCACUCGAUUGGUGACCAUAAGACAUUUUUGCAGCCUGUGCUGCGCGGGCUUCUUGACUGCUGCUUGGACAAGAACAAGAAGGUUCAGGAAGCUGCAUGCAGUGCCUGUUCAAUUCUUACUGAAGAGGCUGGCGAUGAGCUGGUUCCUUAUCUUGAACCAAUUUUGCGCCAAUAUGCGGAAGCUCUGCGUCGAUUCCGAACCAAGAACCGUCUUAAUUUGUACGAUUCGAUUCAAACAUUGUUUGACAAGAUUGGCGAGAGCGCAUCGAGCCAAUCCAAUGCCGAAAUCAUUGUUCCUGGACUACAUGAACGAUGGAUGGCAACACGGGACGACGAUCCUGAUUUGUGGCAGCUUAUGGAGUGCUUGUCGACAGUCACUGCAUACUUGGGUAUGUACAUGACUGCGCAGCUUCCUGAUAUGUAUAAGCGAUGCAUCAGACUGAUUAGCGACAGCAUCAUUAUGGAGCAAAACUAUCAGUACGAUGAUACUAUUGAGAUUCCUGACAAGGAAUUUCAGAUUACUGCGCUAGAUCUUGUGGAUGGUAUUGUUCUUGGAGUGAAGGAGAAUAUGGCUGAACUGACGCAGCGGGUACAACCGAACUUGGUUGAGUUGCUGAUAGCGUGUUUUGAUGACGAGGUGUUUGAGGUUCGUCAAUCUGCACUGGCUGUUGUUGGUGACUUGGCAAUCCAUGCGAUUGACGUGCUGUUGCCUCAAAUGAAUGCAAUGAUGGAGGGGCUUUUGAAGCAAAUGUCUAUGGAGUAUACACCUGGAGUGUGCAACAAUGCUAUUUGGUCGGCUGGCGAGAUUGCAUUGAAGCUCAAGGAUGGUGAUGCGCUUAAGCCAUAUGUGGAAGCACUUUUUACACGUCUCUGGGAAGUGUUGGAUUCCAAUACUGCUAUUUCUACUGUUUGGGAGAAUGCUGCGACAGCCAUUGGACGGAUGGGUCAAGCUGUUCCCGAGAUGUUGGGACCUCAUGUGGGACUUAUUAUUUACAAGUGGUGUUACCACAUUGCUGAAAUGGGGGAGAAUGAAGAGAAAGAUUCUGCGUACUUGGGUAUGUGCAAGAUUGUUCAGGCCAACCCUGGCGGGAUUUCUAAUGAACAACAUUUGCUGAAGCUAAUUGAACUACUGGCAUUGUAUAUGGAGCCAUCGCAGGAGCUUGCGGAGAACAUUUUGUUAAUUUUGCAAGGGUACAAGCAGAUGGUUCCUGAUUGGAACUCUUUUGUGGCUAAGCUUCCUGAGGAUGCUCAGAAUUCGAUUAAGCAGAGAUACAGGGUUUAA